CGCUGCUGCCGCCUCGGCCAUGCGGCUUUCGGGCCGAGGGCCUGGGCUCGAGCCCGCGCCGCCCCCCGCGCGUCGUCCCCGCUGAUCCCGCGUCCCGGUCGCCGGGCGCCGCCGGCACCAUGGUGCAGAAAUCGCGCAACGGCGGCGUGUACCCCGGCCCGAGCGGGGAGAAGAAGCUCAAGGUGGGCUUCGUGGGGCUGGACCCCGGCGCGCCCGACUCCACCCGGGACGGCGCGCUGCUCAUCGCCGGCUCUGAGGCCCCCAAGCGCGGCAGCAUCCUUAGCAAGCCGCGCGCGGGCGGCGCGGGCGCCGGGAAGCCCCCGAAGCGCAACGCCUUCUACCGCAAGCUGCAGAAUUUCCUCUACAACGUGCUGGAGCGGCCGCGCGGGUGGGCCUUCAUCUACCACGCCUACGUGUUCCUGCUGGUCUUCUCCUGCCUCGUGCUGUCCGUGUUCUCCACCAUCAAAGAGUACGAGAAGAGCUCGGAGGGCGCGCUCUACAUCCUGGAGAUCGUGACCAUCGUGGUGUUCGGAGUGGAGUACUUCGUGCGCAUCUGGGCCGCAGGCUGCUGCUGCCGGUACCGCGGCUGGAGGGGGCGGCUCAAGUUCGCCCGGAAGCCGUUCUGUGUGAUCGACAUCAUGGUGCUCAUCGCGUCCAUUGCGGUGCUGGCCGCCGGCUCCCAGGGCAACGUCUUCGCCACGUCUGCGCUUCGCAGCCUGCGCUUCCUGCAGAUCCUCAGGAUGAUCCGCAUGGACCGGCGCGGCGGCACCUGGAAGCUGCUGGGCUCCGUGGUCUAUGCCCACAGCAAGGAGCUGGUCACCGCCUGGUACAUCGGCUUCCUGUGCCUCAUCCUGGCGUCAUUUCUGGUGUACUUGGCGGAGAAGGGUGAGAAUGACCACUUCGACACCUACGCCGACGCGCUCUGGUGGGGCCUGAUCACGCUGACGACCAUCGGCUACGGGGACAAGUACCCCCAGACCUGGAACGGGAGGCUCCUGGCGGCCACGUUCACCCUCAUCGGUGUCUCCUUCUUCGCUCUUCCUGCUGGCAUUUUGGGGUCUGGCUUUGCCCUGAAAGUCCAGGAGCAGCACCGGCAGAAGCACUUUGAGAAGAGGCGGAACCCCGCUGCGGGUCUGAUCCAGUCCGCCUGGAGGUUCUACGCCACCAACCUGUCGCGCACCGACCUGCACUCCACCUGGCAGUACUACGAGCGCACGGUGACCGUGCCCAUGUACAGCUCGCAAGCUCAGACCUACGGGGCCUCCAGACUCAUCCCCCCGCUGAACCAGCUGGAGCUGCUGCGGAACCUCAAGAGUAAAUCUGGGCUCACGUUCAGGAAGGAGCCGCAGCCGGAGCCAACCCCCAGUAAAGGCGGACCGUGCAGCCAGGGCCUGUGUGGAUGCUGCCCGGGACACUCUAGUCAGAAGGUCAGUUUGAAGGACCGUGUCUUCUCCAGCCCCCGAGGUGUGGCUGCCAAGGGGAAGGGGUCCCCGCAGGCCCAGCCGGUCCGGCGCUCGCCCAGCGCUGACCAGAGCCUGGAGGACAGUCCCAGCAAAGUGCCCAAGAGCUGGAGCUUCGGCGACCGCAGCCGCGCGCGGCAGGCUUUCCGGGUCAAGGGCGCCGCGUCCCGGCAGAACUCGGAAGAAGCAAGUCUCCCUGGGGAGGACAUCGUGGACGACAACAAGAGCUGUAACUGCGAGUUUGUGACCGAGGACCUGACCCCGGGCCUCAAAGUCAGCAUCCGGGCCGUGUGUGUCAUGAGGUUCCUGGUGUCCAAGCGGAAGUUCAAGGAGAGCCUGCGGCCCUACGACGUGAUGGACGUGAUCGAGCAGUACUCGGCCGGCCACCUGGACAUGCUGUCGCGCAUCAAAAACCUGCAGUCCAGAGUGGACCAGAUUGUGGGGCGGGGCCCGGCGAUGACGGACAAGGACCGCAGCAAGGGCCCGGCGGAGGCAGAGCUGCCUGAGGACCCCAGCAUGAUGGGUCGGCUGGGCAAGGUGGAGAAGCAGGUCCUGUCCAUGGAGAAGAAGCUGGACUUCCUGGUCAGCAUCUACACGCAGCGCAUGGGGAUCCUGCCGUCCGAGACUGAGGCGUACUUCGGGGCCAAGGAGCCCGAGCCGGCGCCGCCCUACCACAGCCCCGAGGACAGCCGGGAGCAUGGGGACCGCGGCGGCUGCAUCGUCAAGCUCAUCCGCUCCACCAGCUCCAUGGGCCACAAGAAUUUCUCCGCUCCCCCGGCCGCGCCCCCCACCCAGUGCCCGCCCUCCACUUCCUGGCAGCAGCAGGGCCAUGCCCGGCACAGCCACGGCACCUCGCCCGUGGGGGACCACGGUGCCUUGGUGCGCAUCCCCCCGCCACCUGCCCACGAGCGCUCGCUGUCGGCCUACAGCGGGGGCCACCGGGCCAGCACGGAGUUCCUGCGGCUGGAGGACGCGCCGGCAGGCCGGCCGCAGGAGAGCGCACUGCGGGACAGCGACACGUCCAUCUCCAUCCCGUCCGUCGACCAUGAGGAGCUGGAACGCUCCUUCAGCGGCUUCAGCAUCUCCCAGUCCAGGGAGAACCUGGACGCACCGCAUGGCGGCUACGCGGUCGUGGCGCCCUGCGCCAAGGUCCGGCCGUACAUCGCGGAGGGCGAGUCGGACACAGACUCAGACCUCUGCACGCCGUGCGGGCCGCCGCCGCGCUCAGCCACGGGCGAGGGCCCCUUUGGCGACGUGGGCUGGGCUGCGCCCCGGAAAUGAGGCCCCAUCAGCCUCUUCCCGACUCUCUUGGCCUCAAGGUUUCCUGGCGGGACACUCGGGUCUUUUUCUUGGAGUCGCGUGGUGGUGCCCAUGUCAGGUGCGGCAACGCGCGGGGGCUGCCCGGUCUUCGUGGUGAAGGUGCACGGAGGUCCUUUUCCGACAGGGGCGGCCAGGCGGCUGUGCCCACGCUGCAGGUGGAGGCCCAGGUGUGAGCAGGCAGGGGGUGGCGGAGCACCGGCCCCCGGCGCAGGCUGCAGGUGUGGGGCCGGGGCCAGGCCUGUCCACGUGCACGGACGGGACGAUGUCCCCUUGCCUCCGGGUGCCCAUCCAGAGAGCUGCCGGCUGACGUCCCAUUCUCCCCCUGCGUCCAGGGCCCCUGCCUGGAGAGGAGGGGUGAGGCCUCGGGACCACAGGGGAGCAUGGCGACCCUCAGGCCCUGGUCUCCACUCCAUGGGGGAGCCUGCCCCCCUGGGCUUCUGGAAGGGCGGCUCCAGAUCACAGGAUAUCUCGAGGGUCGGCACCCCUUGUCUUCUCUGCCCUGCCAGCCCCCAGGCUGCGCCAGCACUUUGACAGACACCUGAGUGUGGGCCAGGGGUGCUAGGCGGAGGGGGGCACUGCCCUGGGCCGGGCCUGUGUUCUAGGUCCCGAGACUGGGUGGUGUGGUGAGCAGACUCCCCCUCUGUCCUUUGCUG